AUAAUGUGUAAUUAAGUUUCCUUUCUUCACAUUAUAUCCUAUCCUAGCUGAUUUAUGCAUCUAAUAAUUCAAAGGUAUAUAAAUUUUGUAGGGAAUUAAGAGUGAGUGAUUACUUCAAUAAUUCAUAAUAAAAAUGAGUUGCAACGGUUGCCGUGUGUUGAGAAAAGGAUGCAGUGAGGAUUGCAUGCUGAGGGAUUGCCUAACAUGGAUACAAAAUCCACAAGCACAGGCUAACGCCACGGUGUUCGUCACCAAAUUCUUCGGCCGUGCAACCCUCUUGUCUUUCCUUUCCUCCGUUCUCCCCAACCAAAGACCCGCUAUGUUCCAGUCACUUAUGUAUGAAGCUGUGGGGAGGACUAUAAAUCCAGUGAAUGGAGCAGUGGGGAUGUUGUGUACUGGCAAGUGGCAAUUCUGUCAAUUAGGUGUGGAGCAAGUUUUGAGUGGUAGCGGUGGCGCGUUGACACCGCUGCCUGAUCUUCAUGAGAGUAGUGAAAAGGGAAGUAGUUCUGGUGGUGAUCAUCAACAACAGGUAAUGAUGGAAGAAACACAAUCAUCUAGGUUGAUGUCACAGUCAGAGAGGUGCCACCAAGCAAAAAAGCAACGUAUGGAGACACAGUCCGAAGAAUCAGAGGAGUCUUCUACGUUGGGAAGUAGAACAGAAACAACAGAUGAUUGUGUUUAUGUUUAUGCUAAUUCUCAAACUCAUCAAAGGAAGCAGCAGCAGCAGCUCCUUACACUAUUCUUAUAAUCUCUUUUUCUUUAUUGACAAUAUAACAGUAUCAUCUGUUAAAGAAUGGAUGCCCUCUUCGGUGUUGUUAGGAACAAACUUCUAGAUGAAUUUACGAACAAACUUUCAUCGUCAAGUUAAUAGUAUAAAAUAUUUUUCGACUUUUAAAUGUAAUGAAUCCAAGUUGGUAUGUCAAUCUAACCUGAACAAACAUCACAAUAAGACGAAAAAAAUUAAUUUUUGCCGCA